GUUCGAACCCUCCAGCUCCGGUGUAUGUGUUACAGGCGCCGGGCCUGGCCUGGGGUUUUGAGUGGGAUGGGAAGGGGGAACGCUGAGCUCAGGAGCCUGGAUCCUGGGCUGCUGGGGUCCGGAACAGGUGUUUGACGGGAUUCCGGUAGGAAGGAAGAGACCGGAGGACGGGAGCGAGACUAUGAGGGGCCCCCGUCUGUCCCUCCUCCUGGGAAACUCUGACCCUUCCCAGUAGUGCUGCAGGCCAGCGCAGCAGGGGGACGAGCCACCGAUAAGGCGGUGGGGUGGACCAUGAGCCCUCAGAGGCUGGACGACCCCCAACCGGUGGAAACGCAUGCCCUCCCACAGCGCGCGAGGGCCACACUUUGCCCUCGGUCCCUGGAGGCCUCCUGGCCACGCCCCCGUGGGCGGGGCGGGGGCGGGGCGCAUGGGCUUGUCCUGCCGGUUCCUCAGCGUUCCGCGGCGGCGGCGGCGGCGGUGGCGAAAGCGACAUGGAGAGCGGGGCCUAUGGCGCGGCCAAGGCGGGCGGCUCCUUCGACCUGUGGCGUUUCCUGACGCAGCCGCAGGUGGUGGUGCGCGCCGUGUGCAUGGUCUUCGCUUUGGUUGUGUUCUCAUGCAUCUUUGGGGAGGGCUACAGCAACACCCACUCAUCAAGUCAGAUGUACUGCGUGUUCAACCACAACGAAGAUGCCUGCCGCUACGGCAGUGCCAUCGGGGUGCUGGCCUUCCUGGCCUCAGCCUUCUUCUUGGUGAUUGACGUAUAUUUCCCCCAGAUUAGCAAUGUCACUGACCGCAAGUACCUGGUCAUCAGUGACCUGCUUUUCUCAGCUCUCUGGACCUUCCUGUGGUUUGUUGGUUUCUGCUUCCUCACCCACCAGUGGACUGCCACUAACCCAGAUGAUGUGCUCAUUGGUGCCGACUCUGCCCGGGCAGCCAUCACCUUCAGCUUCUUUUCUAUAUUCUCCUGGGGUGUGCUGCCCUCCCUAGCCUACCAGCGCUACAGAGCUGGUGUGGAUGACUUCACCCAGAACUACGUAGAUCCUACUCCGGACCCCAGCACAGCGUACGCCUCCUACCCAGGAGCGCCUGUGGACAACUAUCAGCAGCCACCCUUCACCCAGAACGCAGAGACCACUGAGGGCUACCAGCCACCCCCUGUGUACUGAGAGUGGCAGGUGGGAAGGGGACGGGGCCGCUGGGGCCUGGACUUUCCCCAUGUCCUGUUUCCAAGGCUGCCAGCUUCUCCUGCCGGUGUCUGCUGCAGUUAGAGCCCCCUCUGCUCCCCAGAGCCAUACCCCCACAACCCAGGCCUGUGCCCAGGGGCCUUCCUAGGCACCCACUCACUCAAGAGCAUUUUUUUAGAAGAGGGUUUUUGCCAGAUGGGUUUUUUAAUUGCUUUUAAUGAGCCCCAGCCCGGCCUGGAGUAGCUAGUAGUGGGAGGAACCUCCUGUGCCAUUUCUACAAGUGCCUUCGCUUCUUCCCCAGCCCAAAGGAGCAGAGCCCAGGCCACAGUGGUGGCAGCCAGUUACUGGGGUUCUCUGCCAAAGAUGGGGGGGGGGGCUCACCCAUCUUCUGUGGCUGGUGAUAGGCUCCAGCCCCCUGCCUCCUCCUCACUCAGGUUGUCCCCACACUCACAGUCCCUGCCUAGCCUGGGGCCAGGCCCCAUGUUCACUGCUGUAUGGUCUGGGGUCACCACCCUGUGCCAGUGCCUUUGGGCUGCCCUGGGUGUGGGGGCAGGGCAGCUGUCCAGCCCAGGGGGAUGGGCAGCAUUUCCUUCUUACUCCCCACCCGUGGCAGUGGGGAGGGGCUUUGCCUGACAACACCCAGCUUUAUGUAAAUAUUCUGCCUUUGCUAGUUAAAGGUGGGUAAGGGCCAAGGGCUGAGCCUUGGAGAAAAUGCCCUGGCCCCCUGGAUGGAUUCUGCCAGACAGUUGGACAGAAUAAAGAUUUUCUCAUCCAGUC